CACUGCAAACAACUGCAAAUAUCAACCAUCGUGAGAAAAAACAUUCACCGAGUCAAAAUCAACUUGUAGCAGUCUUGGAGGUACGAUAGCAAUGGUGAAAACAUCAGAAAUACAGGACUUGGUUGAAAGUCAGGUAAUAAAUCAGUAUGGAGCAAGAGGAGGAGAUCUUGGGUUUCGAAUUGGUGGAUACAAAGCUAAUAAGAGGUGGAUAUGGAUUGAUGGUACAGACGUGCCAACAGGAAAAGAUUCAAAAUGGUCAACAAAUUACCAAACUUCUUCGGGCAGUAUGAUUCUUAGUUCGUAUCGCAGCGGCAGGAGCAACAUGACAUGGUUUACUAAACCAAACUAUGAGAGGCGCUGCUACAUAUGUGAGAUAUCAGGAGUAUCACAGAUUUCUUGCUUCCAGUCUGGAAUUUCAAUUAAGUGGAAUCGAGACCAUCACACGUUGGGAAGAGUGUAUAAACUUUAUCUGGAGGAUUUGAUGUCUAAGACGAGCAAAGAAACAAACGUGCAAAUCCUAGUGACUGAUGAAGCAUCGAUAACUAUCGGGAAUGUGUCCGAACCGACACCGAUUCACUGCGUCUCAAGCACUCGUCUUUCCAUAUCACCCAAUAAAUAUAUCCUCGUGGAUCUAUGGGCGGCUCGGAUUAGAAUGUCUUUGAAAUCCGUUGCUAAAGUCUAUUACAUCUUUGAUGAAUCAAAGUUCAAACUCGAACUUGUUGACUUGUCGUAAAGUAAAACUUUAUUUUAUUGAGACUCUCAAAGGAUUGUCAUGAUGUUGUAUAAUGUCUAUCUUAUGACAUAUCUGUAGGGUUACCAUAUUUUUGUGAACCUCAAAGCGGGACGCCUUCAAUGACCAUAGCUAACGAUGUAAAACAGCUGUUGACACCAAUAAAAUUUAUGUGGACGUGUGUAUUUAUUUCCUAACUUGAUACGUACCAAUUUUUAUGAAGUUUGUACAAUCAGAACAUCGUUAAUUAUUACCC